UGAUUGGCUUGCGAAAUAACGCUCAACUCCAUAUUUACGGAAGUAAUGCAGAAUAAUCGACGGACGUUUCCCCUUUGCUAACCUUCCUUUGGUAUCAAUUUUAAGAUCUCAAAAGUACUUUUGUGUCGUCAAGAGCCAUGUGGGACCACGAGAUCCGAGCAAUGGCGAGCACCCACGCCAUCAUCGCCGCUUCGAUGCUCAUUGCCACUGUCGUCCCCGCGGCGCUCGUCCCGGGCUUCUCGUUGUACGGCACCCACCUGCUAUGGAUCUACUCGGUGUCUGUGGCCGUCGCCGCAGUCAGCGUCGCCGUCUUCUGGCUGCUCGGCAUUUCUCCGCCGACCAGGAAGCACACGCUGGGAUAUAAGCUGUCCAGGUUGUUUCGUUCCUGUUUGUACUUCUUUCUGUCCUGCGUGUUUUUCCACAUCGUGGUGGUUCUCUACGGAGCUCCUCUCAUCGACUCGGCUUUGGAGACCUUCUCUCUCGCCGUCUUGCUGUCCUCGCUCACCACGCUUCGGUGUCUCUGUGUGCUCGGACCAAACGUCCAGGCUUGGAUCCGGGUCUUUAGUCGUCACGGAGCAAUGUCUGUUUGGGAUACUUGCCUCCAGAUCACAGUAGCCUUGACGGUGUUGGGCGCUUGGAUGGGAGCCUUCCCAAUACCUUUAGACUGGAACAGGCCUUGGCAGGUUUGGCCGAUAUCCUGCAGCCUGGGCGCCAUGUUUGGAUACCUAUCGGGCCUGGUGGUGGCGCCAACGUGGAUUCACUAUCAUCGUAAGCAGCUUACUUACAAGUGUAAAUGAUGGACCAGCUUCACUGUCCACACGCACCCGCUGUAUCACUUAUUUCUCCUAUUUAUUUGGAUUCCUGACACUUUGACGAUGCCAGUGUAAUACAACCUACCUUGUUUUGUAUUGUCAUUUUUACAAGAAUAAAAAGGUGCAGACAUGCUAUUUUAAAGUCACAGAUGCUACAGUACUUACGACUUACUAGAAAGAAGAUGCUGACCCUUGUGGAGAAAAACAAUACAUGUGCCUCACAUAUGCAUAUUUUGUAUUACGCUUUUACUUUGGAUUUUUAUCGAACCCGUGGGCUUUGCUGUAAUCGAAAGUCACUAAGAUUAUGCACUUGUAAAAUGAACUGUAAUUGGAUAAGGGGAAAUGACACACACACGCAUUUUUGCAACCGUGAUGAAUGUUGUUCUUUUUUUAAAUCACCAUUAAUCUCUCCUCUUUUCCUUGGGCCCCCAUGUUGGCUUCUCAUUUUUAGGAACGUUUCAAACUCUUAACACAGACUUGAGACCUUACUUUAAGACCCCAACAUUAAAUUUGAGCCAGGACUUGUAAUCCAAAUGCGGUUUUGUAGCCAUCAUUUGAAACUCUCUCUCCAUGGCUUGAAACUCUACUUUGACAGAUUUGAGUGAUGGCCUUUCAUGGGAUUAUUUUUCCACUUGGGCACAUCUGUCUGUUAUGUCCCAUGUUUGAACCCUCCUACACAGGGAGACAAGAAAAUAAAAAUGGCCCUGCCAAAAGCAA